CUUUCACUCCCACUCUGAUGGAAAUGUUUAUGGUGAGAUUGACUCUGUGAAGCACAUGGACUUGGACACAGUGCCAACAGGUAAUGGUGCUGUUCUAGAUCUGGCUGCGAGCGUGUGGUUUUCUUUGGGCUCCUUUGCAAAACAAACUCACCUGGCUUAAGGGCUGCUUUUACCUUGGGUCUGUCUCCCUGGGGAGCUUUGGCCACUAUGUUUUUUCAGGGAAUUACCAAGUGAGCUGGGUCAGCUUGGGCUGUGGGGACAGUGCAUGGUGAUUUCUCUGACGCUGCUGCUGGCUUGAAGGACCUGGUAGGUUCUUGUGCAGAUCCUUCUGUGGUGCAGGAGGAUGGAGAUGGGAACAGAUGAUGCAUUUAGAGGUGACUGCUGUGACUUCAGCACCCUUGGCCCCCAGUGCCAUGCUUGGAGAUGCCUGUACAUACCCCACAGAUUCGUGCUGUCUCAGGAAUUGCAGGUCCAUCGUGCAGAGGCCACACAUGUCAUAUGUGACAGUGGCAGUCCUUGUGCCUCCCAGCCCCUCAGGUGCAGUGGUGGCUCAUGUGACAUCUCCAGCCUCAUAAGCCCUUUCUCUGUUGCUGUGCAGGGCCAUUUGCGUCUCUGCUGCUGUGGAGCCCCAGGGGACACUUCCCCUGGGUGGUGGCUGGCAGGGGUGGGGCUGGGCUGUGGGGCAGUGCCACAGCACCUGCUCAGAGGUUCUCCAGUGCUGGCAGCAGCUGCAGGUGCAGGAACAGGCAGACAGGUGAGUCAAUGCCAUGGGCUCUUCUCCUUCCCCGGGGGAAGGUUGUUCUCCUGGGAUGAGGCCGGGUCAUGUGGGUUCCUUGUUGGUUCCUUGCCUGCCCUGGCACUAGUGGUGCUGGGCUCAGGGAUGUCCACAGCUGGUCUGAGUGGUGGCUGCCCUGGUUUGGAAGGUGAGAGGCACCAGCUGGCAUUGUCUUCCCUGUCACUCUGAGCAAACGGCCUCGGAGGUCUCUGCACAAGCUUUGGCCACUCCAGGUCCUGGGGGAAUGGUGACUCAGCCUAGAUCAUAAAACAGGAGGGGAGUGUUACAGUUCUUGGAGAACUUGGCUUUGGAGCCUGUUUGGAUUCAAAUCUGCUGUUUCCUUAGAAAAACAGGUAAAGAUUUGGAAUGAAAGUAGAGAAAGCAGAAGGGAGAGCCAGGCCACAUCUUCACUUGAAGCGGCAUCAGCAAACUGUUGUGUGGUGGCAGGUGUCACUGUGUCACCCUGCACCCUGCUCCCGCGCUGCCUGCAGGUCUGUGCUGAGGCCCAGGGAGGGUUGUUGCCACACCAACAGCACACGCAGCUCCCCGGGGCUCCCGUUCCCCGGCAGCGGCCUCAGUCCGGGUGCAGCCGUGGUGGAUGACGAUGGCCGGUCGCCGAUGGCUCGUCCCGCCCGUUCAAGGCCUGCUGCUCUGCAUCUUGGCUCUGCACAUCCGUCUCCAGGACUCUCUUGCCCCAGCAGAGCACAACAGAGUUGCCAACAGCACAGUGGUGGCUGCCAAGAAUGCCUUGUCGGUUGCUGAGGCCACCAAGAGGGCCUCAGUGGUGACCACAGCUGUCAAGAACACCACCAAGGAUGCUGCAGUGGUGGCCACCACCAAGAAUGCCUCAGAGGUGGCCACCAAGAAUGCCUCAGAGGUGGCCACCAAGAAUGCUGCAGUGGUGGCUACCACCAAGAAUGCCUCAGAGGUGGCCACCAAGAAUGCUGCAGUGGUGGCUACCACCAAGGAUGCCCCAGAGGUGGCCACCACCAAGGAUAAUGCCUCAGAGGUGGCCACCAAGAAUGCCUCAGUGGUGACCACAGCUGUCAAGAACACCACCAAGGAUGCCGCAGCCGUGGCCACCACUAAGGAUGCUGUACCGGUGGCCACCAAGAAUGCCAGAGCAGUGGCCACCAAGAAUGCCUCAGAGGUGGCCACUGCCAGCAACACCUCGGUUUCCACUGGCAAUGCCUCAGUGGCCACCAACACCUCUGUGAAUGGUGCACAAGAGACAAUGCUCACCUGCCAGAGCUUUCAGUGCUCCGGGGAGAGGUGUUACCAGGAUGAAGCCCAUUCCAACAGAACAGUCACCUGCCAUAAUGAGACUUACUGUGAGCUCUAUCGUUUCUCCAGCACAAACUACACAGCCGGGUGCAGCAGCAGGUGUGGUGUGGGGCUGUGCAGGACCAACGGCAGCGAGAGCAGGCAGCUCUGUGCCCUGGAGUGCUGUGCCAGUCCCCUGUGCCUGCAGCUCAACCCCAGCGCCUACGGUGACCUGCCACCCACCACUGCUCCACCCAGGACCACCAACACCACCCACCGACCUCCCCCCCCAGAACGGAAAAGUGUGCACAGCAUUCUCCUGUCACGGGGAUGGGUGUUUCAAAGGCAGGAAGACCAUUGCUAGAUGCGUCUUGGGGCAGGACUUCUGUGAGAUGAGGAGGACAGGCUUGAAUUACAUGGCAGGAUGUAGCAAAGCCUGCAAGGCUGCCAAACCAGUCUGUGCCAGUGGGAUGAAGGCUGCCUGUUACCAGGAAUGCUGCCCAGCCACCCCGAAAGCCAGCUGUCUGAAACUGGAUGGCAAAAUUCACGUCAAUAGCGCUGGGCAGGUGACACUGGCCCCACUCUUGAAGGUCAUGGCAUGUGGUGUGGUUCUUCUCCUGAAUUACAGGGCCUUCACUUCCCUCCAGGGGUAGGCAGCAGCCGGGAUGCUCCACAGCCUGCCCUCCUGCAACAGAGCUCCACAGCGCUCGGUAGGAUCCUGGUGCUCUCUGACUUCAGCCAAGGCCAUUAUCAAACACUCUCUGUCACAUCCCUGUUGUACUCAGAA